UUUUUUUUUCCCCUCUGCUCUUCCCCCCACCCGCUGCCGAAGCUUUUCGGUUCCAAUCAGGCUUUCGCUGCUGUUUCAGCUGUGUGGAAUCCACGGUUUGUCGGGGUAACUUUCCGCCGCGUUUUUGAGCGAAGGCAGCUCUCCGCCCGUCGCGGCCAGAAGACCGACGGAGAGGCGAGAAAGAGGACGCUGGGGGAAAGGAUAACUUUUGGGGGGGACGGGAGGUGGGGAUCCAGGCUUGUCCCGAUGCAAGAUGCCGGGCACCCGCGCUUUGAUCUUCAUGCUCACCUUCCAGAUCUGCUCCUUGGAGACCGAAACGCCGACAGGAAUAGAGUGGCACACCACCCAAGAACGGAGGUGAGAUCAGGAACAUCGUGAAACCUAUUCUAGUGAACCACCGAGAUGAUCUUGGAAAUGGAAGCUGGCUGCACAUUUGAAGAAGACGGGGAUCUAAAUCAGUGUGAAUAUAGCCAAGGUGCUGAAGAUGACUUUGAGUGGGAGUUGAUCCGAAGCUAUCUUCUUCCCCAUCUGACCUCUGAUCUUCCUCAUGGUUCUUAUCUGAUGGUCAAUUCCUCCCAGCACAAUCCAGGGCAGAAAGCACAGAUCCUUUUCCAGACAUUGAGCGAAAAUGAUACUCACUGCCUCCAAUUCAGCUACUUCAUAUACAGCCGGGAUGGGCACAGCCCUGGGACUUUGAAUGUCUUUGUCAAAAUGAAUGGAGGGCCACUGGGAAGUGUGGUGUGGAAUGUCUCUGGCUCCCAUGCGCGGCAAUGGCAUCAGGUGGAGCUCGCUGUCAGCAUGUUUUGGCCCAAUGAGUACCAGGUAUUGUUUGAAGCAGUCGUUUCCAAUGAAAGGCAUGGCUACUUGGGAUUGGAUGACAUCCUACUCUUGAAUUAUCCCUGCUCCAAAGCACCUCAUUUUUCCCGCCUGGGUGAUGUGGAGGUAAAUGCUGGACAGAAUGCUACUUUUCAAUGUGUAGCUGCUGGCAAGGCUUCAGAAACAGAGAGGUUCCUCAUGCAGAAGCAGAAUGGGAUUGUCAUUCCCACUGUCUCAGUGAAGCACAUCAGUCACAGAAGAUUUUUGGCUACAUUUCAACUGGAUCAAGUGUCAAAAGGAGACCAGGACUUGUACCGCUGUGUGACUCAGUCUAGCAGGGGCUCUGGUGUCUCCAACUUUGCUGAGCUGAUAGUCAAAGAGCCCCCAACACCCAUUGCACCCCCACAGCUUUUGAGAGCAGGUUCAACAUACUUAAUCAUCCAGCUCAAUACCAACUCAAUCAUUGGAGAUGGUCCUAUUGUAAGAAAAGAGAUUGAGUACCGGAUGACAUCAGGACCUUGGUCGGAAGUACAUGCGGUGAACAUGCAGACCUAUAAGUUGUGGCAUCUCGAUCCCGACACAGAGUAUGAAAUCAGUGUCCUGCUGACCCGGCCAGGAGAUGGUGGGACUGGCAAACCCGGACCUCCACUCAUCAGUAGGACAAAGUGUGCAGAACCCAUGAGGGCCCCCAAAGGCCUUGCCUUUGCAGAGAUCCAAUCCAGGCAACUGAUCCUUCAGUGGGAGCCUCUGGGUUACAACCUGACACGCUGUCACACAUAUACUGUCACACUCUGCUAUCGCUAUGCUGUAGGCACUGGCCAUAACCAGACCUUUCGUGAAUGUGUGAAGAUGGAGCAUGGUAUCAACUGUUACACCAUCAACAAUCUUCUGCCUUUUAAAAAUGUCCAUGUUAAGCUUAUCCUGUCUAAUCCUGAAGGCCGGAAAGAAGGCAAAGAGAUGAUAUUUCAAACUGAUGAAGAUGUCCCUGGAGGCAUAGCUUCAGAGUCCCUCACAUUUACCCCCCUGGAGGACAUGAUUUUUCUGAAAUGGGAGGAGCCAGUGGAACCAAAUGGUCUCAUAACACAAUAUGAGAUCAGCUACCAGAGCAUUGAAUCCUUUGACCCAGCAGUCAAUGUGCCUGGCCCACGACGCACCGUCUCCAAGCUCCGAAAUGAAACUUAUCAUGUUUUCUCCAACCUUCAUCCUGGGACAACCUACCUUUUUUCAGUAAGAGCACGAACUGGCAAGGGCUUUGGUCAAACUGCUCUGACUGAGAUCACCACCAACAUCUCAGCACCUAGUUUUGAUUAUGGAGACAUACCUUCACCACUGGGAGAGUCGGAUAGCACCAUCACUGUUCUCCUGCGGCCAGCCCAGGGCAGGGGUGCCCCAAUCAGCACAUACCAAGUCAUUGUGGAAGAAGACAGACCUAAGAAGAUCAAGCGAGAGUUAAGUGGCCCAGAAUGCUUCCCAGUGCCACUCACUUUUGAUGAUGCCAUAUCCCGUGGCUUGGUUCACUACUUUGGAGCUGAACUUUCCCCAAGCAGCCUCACAGAAGCCAGACCCUUCACUGUAGGAGACAAUCAAACCUAUAGAGGUUACUGGAAUCCUCCAUUGGAACCCAAGAAGGCCUAUCUCAUCUACUUCCAGGCUAUGAGCAAUCUCAAAGGGGAAACAAGACUGAAUUGUAUCCGAAUAGCUCGGAAAGCUGCCUGUAAAGAAAGCAAGCGUCCCUUGGAAGUUUCCCAGCACUCGGAGGAAAUGGGCCUCAUUCUGGGUAUCUGUGCUGGAGGACUGGUGGUGUUGAUCAUCCUUCUUGGGGCAAUCAUUGUUGUCAUUCGGAAAGGGAGGAACUACUAUUCUUAUUCCUAUUACCCGAAACCUGUCAACAUGACCAAAGCCACAAUCAACUACCGCAAUGAGAAAACACACACGAUGAGUGCAGUUGAUCAGAGCUUCACAGACCGGAGUACCCUUCAGGAAGAUGAGAGGCUGGGAUUAUCUUUCAUGGAUACUCACAAUUACAACAACAGAGGUGAUCAAUGUUCCAACAUUGUCAAUGAGUCCAGCAGCCUAUUAGGGGGGUCCCCUCGAAGGCAGUGUGGACGCAAAGGCUCCCCCUAUCACACCGGGCAGCUUCACCCUGCUGUCCGAGUGGCCGAUCUUCUCCAGCACAUCAACCAAAUGAAAACAGCAGAAGGGUAUGGCUUCAAGCAGGAAUAUGAGAGUUUCUUUGAAGGCUGGGAUGCUUCAAAGAAGAAAGAAAAGACCAAAGGGAGACAGGAUCACAUGCCUACCUAUGACCGACACCGGGUUAAGCUCCAUCCACUUCUUGGUGAUCCCAAUUCUGACUAUAUUAAUGCUAAUUACAUUGAUGGUUACCAAAGAUCUAAUCAUUUCAUAGCCACACACGGCCCCAAACAGGAGAUGAUCUAUGAUUUCUGGCGGAUGGUAUGGCAGGAACACUGUUCCAGCAUAGUAAUGAUAACAAAGCUGGUAGAAGUGGGAAGGGUUAAGUGUGCCAAAUAUUGGCCAGAUGACUCAGAGAUGUAUGGAGACAUUAAAAUUACCCAGGUGAAAUCAGAGACUCUGGCAGAAUAUGUAGUGAGGACCUUCACCCUGGAAAGGAGAGGCUAUUCAGCAAGGCAUGAAGUUCAGCAGUUCCACUUCACAUCAUGGCCAGAACACGGGGUACCCUACCACGCCACAGGGCUGCUGGCAUUCAUUCGCAGAGUCAAAGCUUCUACACCUCCUGAUGCAGGACCCAUAGUUAUUCACUGCAGUGCUGGUACUGGACGGACAGGUUGCUACAUAGUCCUGGAUGUAAUGCUGGAUAUGGCUGAGUGUGAAGGAGUUGUAGACGUUUACAAUUGUGUGAAGACUCUCUGCUCACGGAGAAUCAACAUGAUUCAGACUGAAGAGCAAUAUGUCUUCAUCCAUGAUGCCAUAUUGGAAGCUUGUCUUUGUGGAGAGACCAGCAUUCCCAUCAGUGAGUUCAGACCUACAUACAAAGAGAUGGUUAGAAUAGAUCCACAGAGCAACUCAUCUCAGUUACGGGAGGAAUUUCAGCAGACUCUGAAUUCUGUAACACCCCACCUGGAUGUGGAGGAGUGCAGCAUUGCCCUUCUACCACGCAAUCGGGAAAAAAAUCGGAGUAUGGAUGUGCUGCCUCCGGACCGGUGCCUCCCUUUUUUGAUCUCCAUGGAUGGAGACAGCAACAAUUACAUCAAUGCGGCCUUAACUGAUAGCUACACCAACAGUGCUGCUUUCAUUGUAACCUUGCACCCUCUACAGAACACUACAACAGAUUUCUGGCGGUUGGUAUAUGACUAUGGCUGCACCUCCAUCAUUAUGCUCAACCAGCUCAACCAGUCCAAUUCUGCCUGGCCUUGUUUACAAUAUUGGCCAGAACCAGGCCUUCAGCAAUAUGGACCAAUGCAGGUGGAAUACAUAUCUCGGUCAAGUGAUGAAGAAGUUGUAGCCCGUCUUUUCCGGGUGCAGAACAUAACACGAUUACAGGAAGGACACUUGAUGGUCCGGCACUUUCAGUACCUGCGGUGGUCAGCCUACAGAGAUAUUCCAGACUCGAAAAAGUCUUUCCUGAAUUUAUUAGCCCAAGUAGAGAAGUGGCAAGAAGAGAGUGGCAAUGGCAGGACCAUUGUCCAUUGUUUGAAUGGAGGUGGACGGAGUGGUACCUUCUGCGCCUGCACCAUGAUCCUGGAGAUGAUCAGGUGCCACAAGCUGGUGGAUGUUUUUUUUGCCGCAAAGACCCUUCGCAACUAUAAGCCAAAUAUGGUCGAGACCUUUGAACAAUACCACUUCUGCUAUGACAUAGCCCUGGAAUAUCUGGAUUCACUGGAGACCAGAUAGCAUCCAAAGUUGCCAGCAGAGCAGAGCCUAUACAAACUCAACCGAUGUACACAGUGUUGUGCAUAUGCCAGCCAUGAGUUUGAUACCUGCGUGUCAUUUCUAUGUAUAUGGAUACUGGUGUGCGGAAUGGGCAUCCCGGUGGGUCUCCUUGUGAUGCUAAGACUCAGCAGCUGGAAAGAACCCAGCACUACAGACAGCAGACAACAAGCAAAAUCCACCUCCUAUCAACAUGGCCACAGGAGAUUGGAGGAAGCAAUGGAAUUUCUUCUGAAAGCUAAGAUGCUUUCUGGGCAGAAAAGAUCAGCUUGUCAUUGUUUGGGAAAGCAGUGUGGGACUAAAAUGCUCUUUGGACAUGUACAGUUUUCAUUUUCUCUUUAUAACCACCCCUUUCUUGUCUCCAAAUUAGUGCCUGCCUCCAAAGAAUUUGUAAAUUGCUAUGUGGCAGGAAAACUGCUGUAAAAACAGAACAAAACCCCAGUCAUCUAAGAGGAAGAAAGCAGGCAUGUGUCUUGCUCUUGAAUUAAGGUGUUCAGAUUUUCAGAUAACUAUGGUAACUGUAUACCUGGGUAUUUUGUUCCAAACUAUCCAAGCUUUGGAAAAGCCUUACUUAGACCAUAGAAUCUAGUAUUGGAAGAGGCCUCAGAGGUCUUCUAGUCCAACCCUCUGCUCAAGGCAGGAGAUCUUGUACCAUCCCAGUCAAAUGGUUGUCUAGUCUAUGUUUGAAAACCUCCAGUGAUGGAACACCCACAACUCCAGGAACAAGCUAUUCUAUUGAUUAAUUCUUCUCACUGUCAGAAAAAUUAUCAGAAUAUUGGUGUCGGACCUGUAGCCCUUGAUAGGCAUCUUUUCAAGUAGGGCUAUCUAUUCAUAAAACUUUCUUAAUAGUGCAACCUCUUCAACAACUUUGCCACAAGAACUCAUGCACAGAUGCAGACUUCAUAGUUUACCAACAAGCAUGUAAGUCAGAAGAGAAUAUGUUCCUAACAAUGAUUAAGCAAGGGGUAUGAGUAAGAAAGGAAAGGUCCCUAUCAAUCCAGAUAAUUCUGUUUUAGAGUCAAGUGUAGACUUUCCUGUGUGUGUUGGUGGCGAUUUUGGAAUGAAAGGCGGUGACAAAUAGCUGUUUUCAGCACUUACGAUUAAUGUAGUGGGAAGACUUUUAUGCUUUGGAAAGGUGAGCUGGUUGAGUUUGCUGGAAGAGAUAGCUUUAUAUUGCCUUUGUGUGGCUUUGCUUGGAGUCAGACUUCACAGGAGGUAGUGCUGAAAGAUGCCAGCAUAAGAAUAUGAAGGAUGGGCAGGUAUGUUUUUAUAAGAAUCCAAGACCUUGGAUCUCAUUUCUUUCUUUUGCUCCAUCAGCCAAGCUAACCAGAUUAUUUCUACAUCUCACACUCUUGGUGCAAGGUUCUGUUGAGAUAAUUAAUAGAGGAGUUUUUAAUGCAGAAUGGCAUUAGAGCACCAGAUGUGCUGUGCAUGAAAAUUUAGGUGCGCCAUUUAUUUAAAAGAUUCACUAGACACUCCAGACAGGCUAAGAGAAUUUUCACCAAACAUGGAGGAUCAGCUUGUUCAAAACAUUUGGCCAGUCCAUUUAAAAAGCACAAUGCCUCCAAUUUUCAGGCAACAUGAUGCAGACAAGUGCAUGUGCAAAAAAUGCGGAGUAGUUAAUGUGACUUUGUAUGCUUUAUAAAGUGCAUCACACUGAUAUAAAUGAAUAGGCUUCAGCUAGAGCCUUAAUGAGGCAGUAAAAAGUAUCAAAGUGUUGGUAUGACUUAGGUGAUUGAAGCCCUGCUCCUUUUUGGUGCAUGAGAUACAUAAAACACAUUAAAAAAGAGAGGGGGGCUUCAGGUGCCUAGUGGCACCUAUGAUUUUGAUCCCCUUCCCCAUGAAACCUCUGGACUUCGGACCAUGAAUCUUUUUUUUUUUUCCAAAUUACUUUUAGUCCUGUCAACAAAGAGCAUUAGUCGCUGUGUUGAUAGAUGCAAUAAAGGAAGAAGAUUCUUCUAGGUCAGAAUAUUGAUUGAAUUAGCCAAGGGAAAGGAGAUCUGUUGGUUCAUAGAACAGAUAUAAAGAUGAUGCAUUCCUUUUGGGGAAAAUAGGGGAAAAGAAGCAUAAAUAUGAACAGAAACUCAAGCCAAUACUUUUAGGAAUGACAUGGCAACUUACAUUAUUUCAUGCAUCUAUCAGCUUGUAUUUUCUGGGGGGGGGUGUUUCUCUCCAGAAUGCCCAAAUGUCCCAUCUUAGGACUUUUUGGGAAGGAGAGAAAAAAAGGACAAUGACCAUCAGCGAGAUCCGCUAUUUUGGAUGCAGUUUCUACCUCUUUUUUUUGGGGGGGGGAGAGGAAGUGGGGAGAUUUAAAGCUUUUUUUUCCACAAUGAAUUCUGGGGAAAGUGAAAUGACACCUCUCCAGAAGUAGCAGCCAGAUAUAGUAGGGUAAAGUGAUGAGAUAAGAGGUGUGGAAACACUCAAAAGGAAGUGUUAAUACAUGUAAUCCCAAAUGGGUGAUUGGAUUACAAGAACUAAAUUGAGAAACAGGUGAUGGGGCAAGAAUUGAUUUUUUUUAAAAAAGAUUAGGUUUUGAUUCCAGCUGGUAUGGUGCCUCUGAGGAGACUUAGAACAUUAAUUCCAAGUACUCCAAAAAGUUUGAGAAGACAAUCCUAGAUAUUUGUAGCUAAGCACAAUGGUAAUAUGUGUGUGAUGUCUUUUAUUAUAGAUCCCAAGGUCAGAGGCAAGUAUGUAAACCAUAGAUAACACAUGCAUUGUCUGAUGCUACAUGUUUCAUCACUUGAUAUAACUUGUGGACAUGUAUGAAGCCAGUGUGGAAAAAUAAGAUUGGAAUUGGUUCAGUAGAGUUAAGAGACAAUCAGCAGGGGCCCAGGUAUAACAUGUAGUUGAGCAGAAUGGAAUUAUCAAAAUGUAGAACAAAUGGGAACCUGAGGCUGAAACAGAAGGGCUGUUUUUUCUUUUCCUUCCUCCUGUGAAUGUGAAUGUGAAGAUGGAGAUUGAUUAAUGAGAAUAGCAACAUGUAGUGUCUUGCAUUUAAAGCAAAGACAGCUGCCAUGUGUGCUUUUGCACAGUUUGUACAGCUAGAGUGUUAAAAAGGCUAAGCAUGGAAUAUAAUUUCAUAUAAGUACAGAAUAUGGGAGCUCAGAGAAAUAUUCUGCUGGCUGAAAGUCACAGCUUUCAUUUUGAAAAUAGAGAAGAAAAGGAGGAGUCCUGGCCUUAAUGGCUGGUGUAUUUUAAAUGAUAUACAUGGUAAUACAUAUACAUGGUAAGAUAUGUUGAAGACCACAUAUCUUAAAGUUGCCAAGGUUGAGAAAGCUUAGAAGCUUCCCCUCUAAGUGAAUCCUUGGCAAUUUCUCAAUACAAUGGUACCUUGGUAUUCAACUGCUUCAAAACUCAUUGAAUUUAUUUGAUGCACUUUGGUGCAAAAAUGUUGUGUUGGUACUCUUAGUUUCUUUGGUGUUUGGCACACUGCAAAAGGAAGAUGGGGGACAGCUGCAGAGGGUGGACUGGAAGUUGGCCAUACUGGGAAGGUCACUGACAUAGGCAAAAGGACAGAAGAAAGUUUUUCCUGGCUAAAACAAAGGGCCAUGUGGUAAGUCACCUGGUUUGUUUGGCACUUGUACUUUUUAGUAUCUGUCCUACCUCCCAGAACCAAUUAACAUUGAAUACCAUGGUACCACUGUAAUGGGACAUACUUCUAAUUGGAGAAACCCUUUUUUUAUGGGGUUGAUGCUAAUGCUAAUACCUUUAAAACAGUGGUUCUCAACCUUUUUAAUGCCGCGACCCCCAACCAGUCGUAAGUUGAGGACUACCCAACCGGUCGUACGUUGAGGACAUUCCCUGCCUGGGAGCACUGCGCAUGCGUGGUG